UCUCUGGUUAUUAAUAUGCAUAAUUCAUGAGGCGAUUGUUCACAGUUGGCGCGUCCCCGCUGCUGAGCAACAAGAUGGCGGCCGCCGCCGGAUCAGGCGUGAAAGUCCCCCGUAACUUCCGGCUGCUAGAGGAGCUUGAAGAGGGUCAGAAGGGUGUUGGAGAUGGAACGGUGAGCUGGGGUUUGGAAGACGAUGAGGACAUGACCCUCACACGCUGGAGAGGAAUGAUCAUCGGACCCCCUAGGACCAUCUAUGAGAACAGGAUGUACAGUCUAAGAGUAGAAUGUGGACCAAGAUAUCCAGAAACGCCCCCUUUUGUUCGUUUUGUGACGAAGAUCAACUUGAAUGGAGUGCAUAACUCAAAUGGUGUGGUUGACAUGCGAGCUGUAUCCUCACUGGCCAAGUGGCAGAAUUCGUACAGCAUCCGUGUGGUCCUGCAGGAGCUGCGACGACUCAUGAUGUGCAAAGAGAACAUGAAGCUGCCGCAGCCUCCCGAAGGACAGAUCUACAGCAACUGAGCUCAGAGCUUCUCCUUCAUCUUCUCUACCUUCAUCCAGAAAACAUUCACACACGCAAGGCUGAGCAUUCCUUCUCCUCCUUUUUCUGGACUGAUGAGAAUUCCUCUCUGUUCCUGACCACUCCCCAUGUGCUGCAGCAGCCAAUGAGCAGUCCUGCUUCAGGAGCUCCCAUUGGACAGAACCGAUGGAUGUAGUGGUGUGCACAGCAGAAUACUGUACAUCAUUCUAAUCUUUUUUUUUUAUGUUUAUUUGUUAUACAUGCAAAUUGUAAAAAUAACAAAUGAUCUUACUGAGUGUGUGCCCUCAUUUGAGAAAAGUGCAAGUGAAAAUGUAUCUGUGCCAUCAUGUAACAUGCUGUGUGCUGGGAAUAUUAAGAUAUUACUUUUUUUAGCCUUAGAGUCAACAGUCUUGACUGUUUAAUCCAAGGCUUCUGGCCUGACCAAUUCAAGGUUGAAUCUUGAAUGGUGUCUCAUUACUUCCUUCAGGCUGUCAGCUUUAGGUCACUUCAGUUAGUUAAAAUUUAAAAGCAAAAUUAUAACAUAAGCUCAAUAAUAGAAAAAUGUUUACAACAGCAAA